AUGGCAAAACAAGUGAGAUUCACCACAACAGAUUCAGUGAAGUAUUCUGAAGCGGAUGAUGAACAUGUCAAUUUUGAUGCACAACAAAUAGUAAAUGGAGAAUUAAAACUCGAGAAUUAUCAACCAAUACGAGAACUUGAAAAAAUCAAAUUUGAAGGCGAUCAAGCAAUACAGAUGACCAAUUUUUCGACUCCUCAAGAAAAGGAAAUGGCUGAAAGUCUUCAGCGUAAUACGAAUGGUUGGAUUGACACAGCAAAAGAUGUCUUAACUGCUGUUAUUGAUGUCUGUGGUUUAGUACAAAUAUGGGGACCAGCAAUAAACGCCGGUAUUCUUAAACCUGAUGAUGUGACACGUGCAACUCAUCAUGUGAUAUCGCUCGGUGAAACAUUAAAAAGAACCUAUGAUCGGGCAUGUGAUAAUGCUGUGAAGAAUUCCGAUGAAUUAUUUUUAGCAAUUGAAAGUAAUGACAACAUAAGUAAAAAUUCAACAGUUCAAACAACAGUGCAACAACAUCGAAACGAUGUGAAAGAAUUCCAACAAGGUAAAGCCAGUGUUGAUGUACCUUAUCAAAGUCAUGCUAAACUACGACAAACUAUUAAACAAGUUGAACCAAAUGAACAAUCUAAUGUACAUAAGAAAGCAGAAGAAUCUAGUCGAGCUUGGGAUUUAGCGAAAGCUCUUGGAACGAUCGUUUUAGCUGCUGGUAUCAUUGUUGGCAUGGUUCUUUUGAAACGUUGA